AUGUCAUCCACCCUUGUCCUAAUACGAUUGAAUCACUCCCGCCGUAUAACAAUCCCCGACCAUGGUGGCGAGUCAGAGAAUUUAACUCCAAAUCCUGAUCCUGAGCGAGGCUCCGUCCAAGUCGAGCCCCAGCCGCCUGCCGAUGACCCUUACACCGUUGAUUGGUGGGGUCCUGACGACCAGGAGAAUCCGCGCAACUGGUCAUUCAAAAAACGGCUGUUCAUCAUGUUGACUAUCGAUAUGUUGACUUUCUCGGUGUACAUGGGUGGUGGUAUCUUUGCUUCGGCCGUUCCUGGUUUGAUGAAGUCGUGGCAUAUUGGGUACACACCCGCUAUCCUUGGAUUAUCAAUUUAUAUCAUCGCAUACGGUAUUGGUCCAUUAUUCCUCUCCCCUCUGCAAGAACUCCCCGUUCUCGGUCGUAACCCGGUAUAUCUUUUUGGCAUUGUUGUCUACACACUCCUCCAGGUUCCCACCGCCCUUUGCGACACACUCGGCGCCAUGACUGUCCUUCGCUUUCUUGCAGGCUUCGUUGGUUCCCCUGCCCUCGCUACCGGUGGUGCAACCACCGCAGACAUUUUCGCUCCCCAAUACGUUCCUUUCACCAUUGCCGCUUGGGCCAUGUCCGCUGUUGCAGGUCCUGUAGUCGGCCCCAUCAUUGGUGGUUUCGCUGCAAUGGACGAGAGUUGGCGUUGGCCCUUCUGGGAACUGGCGUGGGUGGGUGGGUUCACGUCGAUCUUCAUGUUUUUCCUCCUUCCCGAAACUCUCGCCGAUACGAUUUUAUUGAGGAGAGCGAGACGAUUGAGGAGGCGGCAUGACUCCUGUGCUAUUGCCAAGGAGUAUUUGUGGAGACCUAUACAACUGUUGGCAGAACCAGCGGUGAUUUUCCUUAACACUUACGUUGGUUUUACAUAUGCUAUCUUCUACCUUUGGUUCGAGGCAUUCCCGAUCGUCUUCAGCGAGAUCCAUGGAUUCAACCUCGGAGUCAGCGGUCUGCCGUUCAUAGGGAUUUUCGUUGGAGUUUUCAUCGCGUUCUUAAUAUAUGCUGCAUACCUUCAAUGGUACCUUAAUCCAAAUGGCUUCGAGCGGCUCUAUAUUGCCGUGGUCGCAGGGUGUAUCAUCCCUGCAGCGCUGUUGUUCUUCGGAUGGACGAGUCGGAAGAGUGUUCAUUGGAUCGUACCAACCAUUGCGGCGGGGCUCUACAUGCCUGGGAUCUAUUGGGUUUUCCAGAGCAGUCUUGUUUACCUCCCGAGCUCGUACCCUAUGUACGCCGCUAGUAUCCUAGCCGGGAACUGCUUCUUCCGAUCUAUCAUAGCAGGCGCCUUCCCGCUGUUCGGUCGUCAAAUGUUCAAGAAUCUCGGGGUGGGCGAUGGGUGCACACUUCUGGCAGCCAUUGCCGCUGCUAUGAUACCGUGUACGGUUGCGCUCAUUUAUUUCGGCCCCGCACUCCGCGCAAGAAGUAAAUAUUCGGUGGCCUGAGCAUACAUAUGUAUGCAGUAUCACCAUCCACUUGGGAACGCGCAUACCAUUUGACCAUUCGCAUAAUAUUCGUUGGGGUCCAAAACCCGUCUUGCAUUUCGUCAUCCUUGCUUCGCUUUCUUCCACCUCUUCCCCCCCCCCUUCGGCAUUCCGUCUUUCCCUUUCAUGGUUUACUCGUCCACGAAUUUCACCUGCUUGUAAUGCUCGUUCACGUUCAUAUGAUCCAACGGAAGUUGAUAAUGAUAUUCAAGAGUUCAUAUUGAGGGUUUAGAAAUCAGGAGCGAAAAAAAAAAAGUUUUGGAGCCGAGUAUGAGGUGUAAGAUAUGAAAGAUGAAGCUUGCAUGGAUGUAUGAAUGUGAGAGAUACUGAUGCCCACAGAAGGAUAGAGGGGGACAUCAGCAUC